GAGUGGCUGCCACAGCUUUGAAAAGAGACUGUCGAAAUCACAAGUAAAAUCUGAGAACAACCGCAACAUGUAAUGACGAGCAGCUCUGUGUCUUUCAUAGUUUAUGUGAAUUUACACAAAGUGAAGAUUAUGAACUCCAGACUCUCACCGCUGAUCCUGCUGCUGCUCAUUCCAGGCUUUGUAACAUUAGACCACCUCACUGUUACCUUUAGUCAACAGAGUAUUUGUGCUGUGAAGGGGACAGAAGUGACACUGAGGUGCUCUUACUCCAGCAACAAAAUCAACACUGUGUUCUGGUUUAGCGAGAAUCACAGUACAAACUGGAGAAAAAACAAAGAACCUGAAGAUUUGACUUUAGACUCAGAUUACUCAGGACGGGUGAAGCAGAUCAUUGGUAAAUACGAAGCAGAACUCACAAUAUCAGACGUGAGAGAAAGAGACUCUGGAGAAUAUCUGCUCAUGUUCAUCAUGGAGGAUGGAGUUAAACAUCUCAGCUCAGCGGCCGUCAGUCUAACAGUCACAGUCCUGCAGGUGAGGAUGAAUCCUGCAUUUACAGACCUGAGAGAUGAGACAGUAGAAGUGAUCUGUGAUUCUUCCUGUGAUUUGACCUCUGGAGUUCACUAUUACUGGAUGAAGAAUGGACAGUAUUUCAGAAAUACAAAGUCCCCCAAAAUAUCUGUGUCAGUCAGCAGAGAUGCUGGCAGCUUUUUCUGUUCUGUUGGCCCAAAGCUUGAACAUCACUCCUCUUCUGUGUGCAUUUCUAAGAGUGGCUGCUGGGAUGUGACUUACACCUCUAGAAGAGUCUGUGAUUUGGUGGGCUCAACAGUAGACAUUUCCUGCACAUACUCACAUCCCUCUGGUUAUACUGUAAAUAAAACAUUCUGGCAUUACGUUCGGCCUGGUGACUUUAAGGAUCUGCGUGAGGAGCAUCAGUUUGCUGGUCGUGUGGAGUAUGUGGGGAACAAACUCGACAUUCUAAUUUAUUGA